CGCCGUAUAAAACAUAAAGGCAUCUCAACCCCUCCACUACUGUGCGAGUGUUGCAGCUUUAGAACGGACCAUGGGUUAUAUUACGUGUGCUUUAGUCCUCCUGCUGGUGGUGCUUACGUCAUCAGUCCUUGCAUAUCCUUGGUCAGACAGCGGCGUGCCAUCCUCUCUCCACCGCACUGAAUGUGACACAAGUGAUGACGUUCAAACAUUAUGCCAGAGGUGUGCGAAGUCUACAAAGUCUAACAUCGUCUAUCCAAUGUGCUGUCGGGACCGUGAAGAGGCAAGAAAUUGGUGUUCCCAUUAUUUGGCUUUUGGAAUACAAGGAGAAUAAAGAAAAUGGGCUCUAUACCACUGCCUUGAAGGAUACCUUUCGUCUUUGUUGCAGAUUGUCCACGCCGAGCUGAAUGUUAUCUUACAAGGCUCAACUUAAUGUGAACUUUAAAAACAAGUUCACACUUAACAUCUAUGACAAUAAGAAAUCAUAAUACGUGUAGAUGUGAUAUUUUGAUAGUAGUUUGAACUACUUGUAUGGUGAGAGAAAACAGUUUUGUAUCAAUUAAGAUGCGGUAGAUAAAACCAAUACGUACAAAGUUAGGUUGUGAAAGUCUGAGUGUUAGUAUUAUGUAGCUUUACCUUUCUCAGAACAAUCGAAGUUAUUACUCAAUACAAUUUACUGAACGUAGAUUCGAUUGCCCAGCUUACUUACUUCAAAUGUAAAAGUAUGAAUGAAUUAGAUUUAGUUUUAAGAUUAAGUUAUACAUUAACUGAGUGGUUUUAACUGCUAAUGCUUUGUUUAAAAAGAAGAGUUUUUAAUGUUAUUUAAUUUUAAACACGAUUUCAAAUAGAGCAAAGUUGUGAAAUUAGUUUUGGCUAUUCCGCAAACAUCGAUUAGGAUUUAAAAAUCCAGUUCUUGUACUAAAAAAGAACAGGAAAAGUAAAAUGUUUACAAUGUAAGACAUACCUAAUAUCUAUUGAAUUCUGUCGUAUAAAGUUGGUUUGUAUUUUUUAACAGCUGUUUCUUGUGCUAUGAAUAAAACCACUCGGUUAGUUAGAAUGUGAUAUUGAUGUAAAAUUGUGUAUUUUUAGUGUUUUUGGUUAGUGGUUUCGUGUGUUUAGUGAAACAAUCAUAUGACAAAAUAUUAUCAAAUAUAAUCGGCUUUUUA